CGCGCGGGCUUCCGGCGCCGCGCGUGUGGCGCUGGCGCCGCGGCGCGUCGGGACGCGGUGUACUAUGCGGGUGUCCGGUUCUCCGCGCCCGGCCCCGGGCCCCGGAGCGGCGGCCGCUUCCCGGGCGGCCGGGCCGCGGUGUCGCAUGGGGCCGCGCCCGCAGGUCUCACUGUAUCUAAGCCAUACCUGAUCACCUUACUGGAACAAAAUCAGGAGCCCUGGAACUUUAAGAGAGAGAAGGUGGCCAGACACCCAGGUAUUUCUUACAACACCCAGAGCUCGUCAGACAUUGAUGGUUCACUCCCCAAAGGACUAUUGAGAUUUGGAAGCUGCAGUCCUAAAAACUUACCCUUAGUGAAAGACUGGAAAUGUGAAGUGGGGAAUGAAUGGCAAAUUGGACGUUAUGAUGGACAUAACAAAAUUGGGAUAAUUACCACCAAAAAUAAUUCAGUAUAUAAUUCAUCUAGGAAAGAACCUGAUGUAAGUGCAGUUGUUUCUGUAGAGAAAUGUGUUUCUGUAAGCAAAAACCCUCAUGAAUCUUCUAAACAUUCAUGUUUUCUAAAAAAGAAAUUGGAAUGUCUGCAAAGUCAGCUGGUCCAUUCUGUAUAUAAGCAUUCAAACUAUCAGAAAUAUGGGAUCGCAUUAAACAUUAAUUAUGAUGUUUCUGAGUAUCAGAAUUCCAGAAAUGAAGAAAAAACUUUUAUGUAUGAUCAAAUUGGAAAAUCUUCAAAAUUAAUUCUACAUCAAAGAGUUUAUACUGGAGAGAAACCUUAUAAAUGCAAACACUGUGGAAAAACCUUUCACCAGAGAUCACAUCUCAAUCAGCAUCUAAGAUUUCAUAUCAGAGUUAAGUGUCACCGAUGCAAAAAAGCUAGCAAAGCCUUUAUAUCCUGCUUUGAACUUUCUGUCCAUCAGAGAAUACAUACUGGAGAGAAGUGUUGCAGAACUGAAGAAUGUGGGAAACCCUUUCAUUGGCAUUCACACCUGACUCAGACUCAGCACCAGAAAACCCAUUCUGGGGAGAAAGCUUACAAAUGUGAAGAAUGUGGCAAAGCUUUUAAACGCCAUUCAUCACUUAUUCAACAUCAGAGAAUUCACUCUGGGGAGAAACCUUACAGGUGUGAAGAAUGUGGCAAAGCCUUUAAUCAUUCAGGUAUUACUCGACAUAAGAGAAUUCAUUCUGGGGAGAAACCUUACAAAUGUGAAGAGUGUGGAAAAGCCUUCAAUCAGCAUUCACACCUGACACAGCACCAGAGAAUUCAUUCUGGGGAGAAACCUUGCAGAUGUGAAGAAUGUGGCAAAGCUUUCAAACGCCAUUCAUCACUUAUUCAACAUCAGAGAAUUCACUCUGGGGAGAAACCUUACAGGUGUGAAGAAUGUGGCAAAGCCUUUAAUCAUUCAGAUAUUACUCGACAUAAGAGAAUUCAUUCUGGGGAGAAACCUUACAAAUGUGAAGAGUGUGGAAAAGCCUUCAAUCAGCAUUCACACCUGACACAGCACCAGAGAAUUCAUUCUGGGGAGAAGCUUUACAAAUGUGAGGAAUGUGGCAAAGCCUUCAAUCAACGCUCCCAUGUUACUCAGCACCAGAGGAUUCAUUCUGGGGAGAAACCUUACAAAUGUGAGGAAUGUGGCAAAGCCUUCAAUCAGUAUUCAAAUUAUAUGCAACAUCAGAGAAUUCAUUCUGGGGAGAAACUUUACAAAUGUGAAGAAUGUGGCAAGGCCUUUAAUCAGCAUUCAUCUCUUACUAGACAUCAGAGAAUUCAUCUAGGGGAGAAACCAUACAAAUGUGAAGAAUGUGGAAAAGCUUUUAAUCAAAGUUCAGAUCUGACUCGACAUCAGAGAAUUCAUUCUGGGGAGAAACCUUACAAAUGUGAAGAGUGCGGCAAAGCCUUCAAUCAGCAUUCACACCUGACUCAACACCAGAGAAUUCAUUUAGGCGAGAAGCCUUAUAAAUGUGAAGAAUGUGGCAAAGCCUUCAGUCAAAGUUCAGAUCUGAACCGACAUCAGAGAAUUCAUUCUGAUCAAAAACCUUACAAUUGAAAAGAAGGAGGCAAAACCUUCAUUUGACAUUCACAUGUUAACUGAGAUCAUUGAUUCUAGCGAGGACCCUAAUAAAAACAGAGAAUGUUAUAAAACUGUUGACCAGAAUUACAGCCUUAAGUCAGUACACAGUAGAGAGAAUCCCUCUUAAUGUAUGAAAGAUGAAUGAAAUUUAUGAAAUUGUACAAAAUAAAUUUGCUGCAGUUGAGAUGCCAUUUUAAAUACUGUAAACUAUUAUAGGUAAUGAAGAUUGUGGAAACAAUUUAAAAUCAAGUCUAAAUAUUGACAUAAAUAUAUGUUGAAAGAGUUUUAAUAGAGCCUAGAAGAAAAAACACUGUUCAGAUCUUGUUCUCACUCAAAAUAUGUAUAAACAUAAGACUUGGAAGUUGAUCAUUUGCUACUGUGCUUUACAGGAUCAAGAAAAUUAACUUUAGGAAAGUAUUAUGUUUCAUUUUAUAUUCUCUAGAUGGUUUGAAAGAUGUCAUUACUGUAAUUCAAUUUUUUUAAAUAUAAAUGUAUUUAUUUUUUAAUUGGA